GUUUACUAGACUUCACCAAUCAGCUUGGAAGUACUCUACUAAGGAGUUUGUGCUCUUGACUGAUGGGGGACAACCAAAAACAUAUAAUGAAGCCAUGGAGAGUGAAAACAAGAAAGAAUGGCUAAUGACAAGGCAAGAAGAAAUGAAUUCUUUACAAGAGAAUGGCAUUUAUGAGUUGGUAAAGCUUUCAAAGGACAACAAAGCUCUUAACAACAAAUGGGUUUUCAAAGGAGAGUUUGAGGUCAAUAAUCCUGAUCCAAGCAAGGAGGAAGCAAAAGAUAUGAAGAAUGUGUCUUAUGCAUUUGCAGUUGGUAGCCUAAUGUAUGCCAUGGUAUGCACAAGGCUAGAUAUAGCUCAUGCAAUGGGGCAUGAACCUUUACUUAUUGGUUAUAACGAUGCUGAUUUGGGUGGAGAUCUAGACACUAAAAAUUCUACUUUUGGAUACUUGAUGCUUUAUGUAGAAGGAGCAGUUUCAUCUGAGGUCAUCAUUCUCACAUCGCUGGAUGGCGGGGCAAGAGCCAGGAAUGGUCAAGCUGCAAACCCCGCAAAUGCUCCAAGCUUAGCAACAUGUAAGGCUGAGUUAUUUGCAGCUGUGGCAACCAUAUUCUCUCAGCUUGAAAUAAUAGCAAACUUGAUAACUAGCACUGAUGCUCCUGCCACCUCUGAUGCUUCCACCCCUCUGAUGCUCCGGCCACCAUUGAUGCCUCAACCUCCACUGAUGCUCCGACCAUCACUAACGGUCCUGCGUCUACUGAUGCUCUGGCCACCACUAUGAACCACAAUUAGAAUCAAGAGGAGAAGAACAGACUUAGACAUAAUCAAGUAGAAAUUGCAAGUUUCAGUUAAAAUUUUUGGAGAAAGUUUGGAGUUUUGUUAGAGGGAGAUCAACGGGUUCAACGGGAAAAUUCCUUGUUAAGGGAAUAAUUGAUUUUGUGAGAAAUUUGAGAUAUCAUUUGUGUCUUUCAAUCUGUUGGUAUUUUUGGCUUUGAAUUGCAAGUUUCAGUCAAGUUUAGUAUUAAAUGAAAUAGAAAAUUGUUU